UUCAUUGUUACCGAACUUAGAAGCCCUGCAAAGAAGCUGCUCUUGCCCUGUCGGAGCACAGCACAGAGCCAUGGAGCCCGGUGGGGACGGCGUUUCUCUGCUUCGUGACGAACUAGAGAAAUUGAAGUCCAGUAAGAUAGAAAUCGAGCGCCGAAUAUCGAUUCUCGAAGCUCAGUUUCGAGAGGAGGAAACGACUAGGACCAAUUCGCUUCCUUCUGACGGCGGCUCAGGUUUUGAACAUGGAUUGACGGCGGAUAUGAUCUAUCGAUACAGUCGUCAUAUGUUGCUUUCGUCCUUUGGUGUUGAAGGGCAGUCAAAACUCUUGAAGACUUCAAUACUAGUUGUUGGAGCUGGAGGGCUGGGUUCACCAGCUCUUUUGUAUCUUGCUUCUUGUGGGGUUGGCUGCCUAGGUAUUGUUGAUCAUGAUGUCGUUGAGCUUAACAAUCUCCAGAGGCAGAUAAUCCAUUCUGAAGCAUAUAUUGGCAAGUCUAAAGUGGAAUCGGCUGCUGCUGCUUGUCGCUUGAUUAACUCUACCAUUCAGAUCGUGGAACAUAAAGAAGCUUUACGUACAUCUAAUGCCUUGGAAAUUUUAAGCAAAUAUGAUGUAAUAAUAGAUGCAACAGACAAUGUUCCUAGUCGAUAUCUGAUCAGUGAUUGUUGUGUGAUAUUAGGGAAGCCUCUUGUAUCAGGCGCUGCACUAGGACUGGAGGGUCAGCUCACUGUAUACAAUUACAAUGGAGGUCCAUGCUACCGGUGCCUAUUUCCAGUUCCGCCUCCUACAAUAGCAUGCCAAAGUUGCUCUGAUAGUGGAGUUCUGGGAGUUGUUCCUGGUAUUAUUGGCUGUCUCCAAGCCCUUGAAGCUAUAAAGGUUGCAAGUGCUGUUGGUGAACCACUCUCAGAAAGGAUGGUUCUCUUUGAUGCAUUGUCUGCACAGUUCCGCUUUGUCAAGAUUAGAGGGAGGUCAAUAAAAUGUGAAGUAUGUGGAGAAAAUUCAUCAUUCAAGCAACAGCAAUUUCGAGAGUUUGACUAUGAGAAAUUCACACAAUCUCCUCUCUCCACGUGUCCAUUGAAGUUGAACCUUCUCCCAGCAGAAGCUAGAAUAAGCAGCAAGGAAUACAAAGAUAGAGUUGCUAGAGGAGAACUGCAUGUGUUGAUUGAUGUACGCCCCGAACACCACUACAAAAUCACUGCAAUUCCAAAUUCCUUGAGUGUCCCGCUAUCGAGUUUGGGCGCUAGACUUCCAGAAAUAUCGGCUGCUCUCAGGCAAGAGGGAGGAGACCAUGGCAGGGAUUGCUCUGCCACUGCUUCUGUAUACGUAGUAUGCCGACGAGGUAAUGAUUCUCAGAGGGCUGUGCAGUACCUGCGCAAUAUGGGUUUCAAUUCAGCAAAAGAUAUCAUUGGGGGGCUUGAGUCAUGGGCCCGUGAUGUAGACCCCAGCUUUCCUAUAUAUUAGUAAACUUUCUUAGUGACCCUCCCAUAGCAAAGCUUUAUGUUGAAGUCCUGGGAACAGCAGUAGUAAUUUAUUUCGGGGGGUUUGCCUAUUCCAAUCUUUUGACAAAGCUACUUGGUAUGUGCGCUAACCUGUAGUUUUGUUUCUUAAUGUCAUGCCAAGAAAAGCUUUCCAAUUUU